UCCUUUUGAUUCCUUUCGAUCUCUUUUCUUUGUUAACGAUUUCUCUCUCUAUCUCUCAUUUCUCAGAGGGAGAGAGAAAAACAAAUUGUCAAAAGAACAGAGAAAGAGAUGGCAGUUUCUAAGGUUUCAUCAUUCGGGGUGGUCGCUAUCAUAUUCGCCAUCAUCUUGCAAAUGGCUCAGGCCCAAUCUCCCGCUCCUGCUCCUGCGCCCACAAGUGACGGCGCAUCAAUAGAUCAAGGAAUAGCAUAUGUGCUGAUGCUGCUGGCUUUGGCGCUCACAUACAUCAUCCACUAAAUCCAUGCUCGUACCUUCAAAUAUAUCUAAGCGAUCGAUCGAGUCGACCUCAUUGUCUACGAUAUCUAAUGCAUGCUGAAUGUAUUAUAUAUUUACAUUAAUGUGUAAUUGUUAGGAAGCUGUGGUGAGUGUGUUUUUGGAUUGCGUGGUGUACUUUAUCAGUAAUUUGGGAAAUGGGAGGAUGAGAUUUCAUUUAGAAGCCCUAUAUAUAUAUAUAUAUAUAUAUAUAUAUAUAUAUAUAUGUAUGUACGUACGUACUUAAUUUUGUAUUCAAAUAACAAUCUCUUUAUU